CCACACAAAAUGUCUACUGCACCAAAUAUUGUAUCCAUGGCAACUGCAGUUUGCCGAACUGCUCGCGACACAGACACCGGUUUUUUCUUAGGGUGAAUAGGUGAACAAAGACAGAGAGAAGUUUGCUUGUGUUAUUUUCACAACUUUUGAUAAUCGAGUUUUUGACUUCACACGUUCCUUACAAAGCGUUUCCGGUCGGUUCUGAGUCUGACAACCAGCUGGGGAAGCUGUCACAGAUGUCCGACAAUAAGGAAAGUGAUUAUUCAAAAACGAAAGGGGACGGACCUAUAAAGGUAUCCUACAUUUUCCCCAAUGGGGACAAAUAUGAGGGGGAGUGCAGCAGGUCUGCAUCAGGGGUGGUGAUGAGGAGCGGUACUGGCAAACACACCUCAGCAGGUGGCGUCAUAUACACUGGAGAGUGGCUGGAAGACAAAAUGCAUGGCAGAGGGACUCUGCAUCAUACCUCUGGAGCCCUCUAUGAAGGAGAAUUCAAAGACAACUUGUACCAAGGCACAGGAACAUAUACCUUCCCAGACGGCUCUACUUACAAGGGUCACUUUCACAAGAACAGGUUGGAGGGAGACGGGGCGUUCACUAACACACAGGGACUGGUUUGGAAGGGGGAGUUCCACGGCAAAGCAGCACUGGGCCUGAAAAUGCAGCACAACAUUUAGGCAAAACAAACAUUAUUGUACUGCACUGUCUAAAACCCUGUAUUAUAUGUUCCACAUUAAAAAAUU